GCUCCAGCCCCGCCCCCAGAGCUGUGACCUUUUACUCGGCUCCAGGCUGCGCGACUACGCGGGGCGCACGACCAGGGUGCAGGCCUUGGGCGAGUGGCCCAUGGAGCCAGGGCUGCUGAGGCCGGCGCCGGUGAGCGAAGUCAUCGUCCUGCACUACAAUUACACCGGCAAGCUCCGCGGUGCGCGCUACCAGCCCGGCGCCGGGCUCCGCGCCGACGCUGUGGUGUGCCUGGCCGUGUGCGCGCUCAUUGUGCUGGAGAACUUGGCCGUGCUCUUCGUGCUCGGACGUCACCCGCGCUUCCAUGCGCCCAUGUUCCUGCUCCUGGGAAGCCUCGCACUGUCCGACCUGCUGGCCGGCGCUGCCUACGCCGCCAACAUCCUGCUGUCAGGGCCUCUCACGCUGCGCCUUUCGCCCGCGCUCUGGUUCGCACGCGAGGGCGGCGUCUUUGUGGCGCUCGCCGCAUCAGUGCUGAGCCUCCUUGCCGUCGCGCUGGAGCGCAGCCUCACCAUGGCGCACCGGGGACCCGCACCAGCCUCCCGUCGCGGGCGCAUACUGGCACUGGCGGCUGCAGUCUGGAGCAUCUCGCUGUUCCUCGGGCUACUGCCCGCGCUGGGCUGGAAUUGCCUGGGCCACCUGGACGCCUGCUCCACUAUCCUGCCGCUCUACGCCAAAGCGUACGUGCUUUUCUGCGUGCUCGUCUUCCUCAGUAUCCUGACUGCCAUCUGUGCACUUUAUGCACGUAUCUACUGCCGGGUGCGCGCCAACUCCCGGCGCCUGAGAGCGCGCCCUGGGGUUGUUGGGGGCCCCUGCAGCGGGGCGCGCCGCACGCCGCGCUCGCUGCCGCUGUUGCGAACGCUCAGCCUAGUGCUUCUGGCCUUCAUGGCGUGUUGGGUCCCCCUCUUCCUACUGCUCUUGCUCGACGUGGCUUGCCCGGCGCGUGCCUGUCCGGUGCUCCUGCAGGCGGACCCCUUCCUGGGCCUGGCCAUGGCCAACUCACUUCUGAACCCCAUCAUCUACACGCUCACCAACCGCGACUUGCGCCACGCGCUCCUGUGCCUCAUCUGCUGCGGCCGCCGCCCCUGGGGCCGAGGCCCCGGCGCCUCCCAGCGAUCCGGGAGCGCUGCUGGGGCUUCGGACGGCUUGCACCCCUGGCUGCCUCCCGGCCUGGAUGGCAGCACCAGCCGCUCUGAGCACUCGUCGCCCCAGCGGGACCAGCUGGAAACCAGCGGCUCCACUGGCGCGCCCACAGCCGCCGGGACCCUGGUACCCGCAACGGCCGCAGACUGACACUCUGACUUGCCACUACUCUCCCUAAGAGCUGUUUUGCAGACUUUUUAUUUUUAAAUAAUGGAAUUUAUAGGAAGAGCAGCCGAAGAUUGUGGAGGGAGAAGGUUUAUUCACUUGUUCCCAUGCUACAAAAUUCAUAAAGCACCAGUUCUCCUUCUCAGAUGUGAUCACUGUGGGGACUCCUGGGAAAAUUCCAGAGCUAUUCUAUGAAUAAA